AAAAAGAAUUCAAAAACAUGCAACACCGGGUAUUCGCUAAUGGUCACCCACUUAACUACUAAUCCGGCGGUUAGUGGCUUAUUUAGGGGAGAGCAGACGGGAUCCCAAGUUUUCCACUACCUAUGGUCGCAUGUGCUGGAAUUUGUGUUUCUAGGAAACAUAUAUUCAAUAUCGUAA